CUUGUCUCCUACAGUUUUCUACUUCUUCCUUCCCGAAGCAAUUUCCCUGCUUAGAUAAAGAUGGAUCGUAGCACUACCUAUUUUUCCGUAGUUCUCGCUUCAUUUUUGGCUUUCUGCAGUGCUGAUGGCAAUGGAACAAUACCUGCAAUAAUCUGGCAUGGAAUGGGUGAUUCAUGCUGUAACCCCCUGAGCAUGGGAUCAAUCAAGACAAUGCUGGAAAAUAAAAUUCCUGGUAUUUAUGUACGGUCGUUGAUGAUUGGAGAUUCAGUCAUACAGGACACUGAGAAUGGCUUCUUCAUGAAUGUUAAUGACCAGGUCAAACAGGUUUGCGACAAAGUUGCUAAUGAUCCAAAGCUGAAAAAUGGAUACAAUGCACUGGGGUUUUCACAAGGAGGACAGUUCUUGCGUGCUGUUGCUCAGAGAUGCCCUAACCCUCCCAUGCUGAAUUUGAUAAGCUUUGGUGGACAGCACCAAGGUGUUUUUGGAUUUCCUCAUUGCCCUGGGGAAAAUUCCACCAUUUGCUCUGUGCUCAGAAAGUUACUUAACUAUGGGGCAUAUAAUUCAUGGAUUCAAAAGAACCUUGUUCAAGCAGAGUACUGGCAUGACCCUCUGAAUGAGGAAGAGUACAGAGAGAAAAGUGUGUUCCUGGCUGAUAUAAACCAAGAAAAGGAGAAGAUUCCUCAGUAUAAAGAGAACCUGAUGAAAUUAAAGAACUUUGUGAUGGUCAUGUUUGGCAAAGACACCAUGGUGGAUCCCAAGGAAUCUGAGUGGUUUGGUUUCUAUAAGCCUGGUCAGGGUGUGGAGAAAUAUACUCUGCAAGAGAGUCCAUUGUACCAAGAGGAUUGGCUUGGACUAAAGCAAAUGGACAAAGACAACAAACUCCAUUUCCUAACUGCAGAUGGGGAUCACCUGCAAUUUACUGAAGAGUUUUUUAAUAAACAGAUCAUACCAUUUUUGAAGUAAAUUCACAAGAUGGUUAAAGAAGCUCUACACUCUGUUGUUUGAACAGUUAAUGAUUUUUCAUCAGACAAUCAUAUGACUGUUGACUGUUUAGCCCUUAUUGUUUAAAAAAGUACUGAUUAAUGAUGGUUAGAUGAUAGAGUGUUUGUAAAUGCGUGACUGAGUAUUUUACAUUUUUGUAGAAUGAUUUUUUGAUACUUUGAUAGCACUGGAGAUCACAUACAGACUAGUGUUAGUUACUUGUGAAAUUUAAAGUAGAAAGGAACAAUAGUGUCAAAAAUCAAAACUAAGAUACAUCAAAAUUUUAUUUCUAUAUUAACUAAAUACUUUAACUUUAAAUAAUACCAUAGCAAAUUAAGGAACAAUUUUGCCAAAUCUUGUUCAAAAUAAAUACCUUUGCUUUGGUUUGUUUUAAUGUAAUUUAUUCAAUGCAGUUUUAUCUUAUAAUAUUACUAUUUCUAGAGCCUUAUUGCCUGUAAUUAA